AACAAGAAAAACGCUAAACCGUUAUAUAAACAACAAAAACAACCAUUGCGUGCGGGAGUUAAAACAAAAAUCUAACUAACGGUAUCUACUAGUAGUGCUUUUAUCACAAAAGUGUUGUUAACUAAGCGUGUUUUUUUUUACAAUCGUGUGUUAAUUUUUGUUGAAAUUUAUCAGACAAGUGUGUGUUAAUUUUAAUUAAAACCAAAUCGAGGAGUAUUUGAAAUUGUUAUAUUUCUAUUAUGCAGACUGUAAUCAAAAAUCCAAAUUGGUGGCGUAGACGCACAACAUUGGAAAGAUGUCUUACUUUAGUGUCAGUAUUUGCUUGCAUAGCGGUAAUUGGUUUAGUAAGCGGUUUAGUAUUUGUCUUGCUAACAAAUCAAAUGGCUGAAGAACUCAAAACCACUACCCCCGCCAACAAUGCUCUCGCCCUGCACGGCACCAAUACAGCGGCAACACAAAACAAAGUACCUGAAGAUGAUAAAACCACCAUGGCAUUGCCCGCCGAUUCCAGGCCCUCCGAUGUCUGUCUCUCAUCGGAGUGUAUACACACCGCUUCGGCGGUGUUGGGUAAAAUGAAACCCGAAAUAGAACCCUGUGAUGAUUUCUAUCAAUUCUCUUGUGGCACCUACAUAGAUGAGACCCAGAUACCGGAAGAUAAGGUGGCGGUUAAUACCUUUUCGGUGAUAUCGGAUAAAUUGCAGGAACAACUAAAGGAUAUUAUCACCGAGGAGAGGCCGGAAACGGAUCCCAAACAUUUCAGAUUGCCCAAUGCUUUGUAUAAGGCUUGCAUGAAUAAAACUUUAAUUGAAACCUUGGGUCCCAAACCUAUUCAACAAAUUGCUAAAACUUUGGGCGGCUGGCCAGUUAUUGUGGGCGAUUCCUGGGAUAGUGAUAAUUCGUGGACUUGGCAAGAAACUGUUAAGAAAUUCAGACGUUUAGGUUUCAGCAUGGAUUAUGUGGUGGACUUUUCAAUUGGUGUGGAUUUGAAGAACAGCACUAAGCGUAUUAUUGAUUUGGAUCAAUCUUCCAUUGGCUUAAGUCGUGAGUACUUGGUUAAGGGUCUCAAUGAAACUUUGGUGUCGGCCUACUACGACUACAUGGUGGAUAUGGCGGUACUGUUUGGAGCUGAGAAGGAAACAGCCAAAAAGGAAUUAAGAGAAUCUCUGCAAUUUGAAAUGGAUUUGGCUAAUAUCUCCUGGCCCAAUGAAAAAAGACGUAACUCCAAUGAUUUAUACAAUUUGCGAACCAUUAAACAAUUACAAGAAGCCUAUCCCUAUGUCCAGUGGUUGGACUACAUCAACGCUUUGUUGCCGGAGGGUCUGAAAGUGGAUGAGAAUGAAAUGAUCAAUUUGUCAGUGCCCAGUUUCUUUGAGGAUUUGGAGAAGUUAUUGAAACGCACCGAUAAGCGUGCCAUAGCCAAUUAUAUGAUGUGGCGUAUUCAUGCCUUCUCGGUGGCCUUCCUAUCGGAAGAAUUCCGCAAGAGACAAUUGCAAUAUGCCACAGCAUUGUCGGGUAGACAGGAACAAGAGGCCAGAUGGAAGGAGUGUGUGGAUAUUUCAUCGGGCAGCAGUGAUACCGACGAGGAUUUACUCGGUUUAGCGAUUUCGGUGGGCUCUCUCUAUGUGCGCAAACAUUUCAAACAGGACUCCAAAGCCAUUGCCUUGGAAAUGGUCAACAAUAUACGCGGUGUCUUCAAUCAAAUUCUCGACGAGGUGCAAUGGAUGGAUGAAAUGACAAAACAGGAGGCCAAGCGCAAAUUACAAUCGAUGACCACCCACAUUGGCUAUCCCGAUGAGAUGUUGGAUAAUGAUAAAUUGGAGGAAUACUAUCGUAAAUUGGAAAUUGAUCCUUAUAAAUAUUUCGAAUCGUUCUUAAAGAUGAAUGUCUUUGGUACGGAUUAUUCGUUUAAUAAGUUGAGAUUGCCCGUGAAUAAGACCGAUUGGAUUAGACAUGCUCGCCCGGCUGUGGUAAAUGCUUUCUAUUCAUCGAUUGAGAAUAGUAUACAAUUCCCUGCUGGCAUCUUGCAAGGUCACUUCUUUAGUGGUCAACGUCCCAAGUACAUGAAUUAUGGUGCCAUUGGUUACGUUAUUGGUCAUGAAAUCACUCACGGUUUCGAUGAUCAGGGUCGUCAAUUUGAUGUUGAGGGUAAUUUGAUUGAUUGGUGGCAACCCGAUACCCAGAAAGCAUAUUUGGAAAAGGCUAAAUGUAUUAUAGAACAAUACGGCAACUACACCGACAAACAGACAGGACUCAAUCUUAAUGGCAUUAAUACUCAGGGAGAAAAUAUUGCCGAUAAUGGCGGCAUCAAAGAAUCCUAUUUGGCCUACAAACAAUGGGUGGCCCAAAAUGGUGAAGAACCCAAAUUGCCUGGUCUAAACUACUCACCCCAGCAAAUGUUCUGGAUAUCGGCUGCCCAAACGUGGUGUGCUAAAUACAGAAAAGAAACCCUCAAAAUGCGCAUAACCACUGGUGUGCAUUCGCCCAAUGAAUUCCGCGUUUUGGGCUCUUUGAGCAACAUGAAAGAUUUCUCCCGCGAUUUCCAGUGUCCAGAGGGUACACCCAUGAACCCUGUGCAAAAAUGUGAAGUUUGGUAGAUUUAAUAAUACUGUUUUUUUAUUAUUAUAUAUUAAAUUUUUUAUUAUUAUAAAAAAAAAAUUGAGUCUCCUCUCAGCACUUACCCCCCACUCCCACUUUUUUUAUAUGUGUGUAAUACUGUAAUGUGUUUUUUAUUUAAUUUUUUUAGUUUUAAGUUCAUGUUUUUUUUGUUUUAUUUUUGUAUUUUUGAACAAAUGUGCAAUUCUACAGAUUAUUUUGUAGUUUAUUUUUUAAGUCAGACCUUAAGUGUGUGUAAUAAUUUCCAAUUUUAUAACGAAAACAAACAAAAAAUUCAACAAAAUAAUUAGUAGUUCUUAAAUAGUUUUUUUUGUAUUUAUUAUUGUUUUUCUUUUGUAACUUAAAUAAUAAAUAAUUUGUUUUUUUUUUAGAAAAUACAGAUAUUAGUAUCAAUGAAAAUAAAUGAAAACCAAUAAAUUAAAUUAAAAUGUAACAAAAACGUAAUUAAUGUGUGAAAUUAAUAAAGAAAAAGUAUAAAUAUUAUUAUUUUACUAAAAUAUUUUGUUAA